GAAGUUAUUUAAAGACGACAACUACCAGCUGAUGCGUUUGUCUGCCAGGCUGUGGGACGAGGAAGCAGCAGUGGGGAUGCAAACUUUUCAGCAGCACAACUUUAUCUGAAGUUUAUGGUGUCGUUAAGUCUUCCCAAUCAAAAUGUACACCUGUUUCGGUGUCUGGCUUCUCCUUCUGCUGCUUCAUUCCGUGGCUUUUACUGAUGUUGCAGGGAGAGAGAGGAGAAAUGUCCUUUUCAUCAUGGCAGAUGAUUUGCGGACGUCAUUGGGCUGCUACGGAGACGCUGUGGCCAAAACCCCAAACAUCGACCAACUGGCAUCCAAAAGCCAGGUUUUUCUUAAUGCAUACGCACAGCAAGCGGUGUGCGCUCCCAGUCGUACGUCCAUGUUGACCAGUCGCAGACCGGACACCACCAGGCUCUACGACUUCAACUCGUACUGGAGGAGCCAUUCUGGGAACUACACCACCCUGCCGCAGUACUUCAAAUCUAGAGGGUACCACACCAUGUCUGUGGGCAAGGUAUUUCACCCAGGCAUUGCCUCAAACCACUCUGAUGACUACCCCUACAGCUGGUCCACUCCUGCCUACCACCCACCUUCAUUUAGAUACGAGAAAGAAAAGAUGUGCAAAGGAGAGGAUGGAAAACUCCACGCCAACCUGCUGUGUGCGGUGAGUGUGGCGGAGCAGCCCGGAGGAACCCUCCCCGACAUGGAGAGCACAGACGAGGCCGUGAGGCUACUGAAGAGUCGGGUCCACGACGACGUCCCUUUCUUCUUGGCUGUGGGCUUCCACAAACCGCACAUUCCCUUCAGGAUACCCCAGGAGUACCUGAGUCUGUAUCCCAUUGGAGAAAUGAGUCUGGCCCCGGACCCUGAUGUCCCCACACGGCUUCCACCCGUGGCCUACAACCCCUGGGCGGACGUGAGGAGGAGAGACGACGUCCAGAAGCUCAACAUCAGCUUCCCCUACGGGCCGAUCCCUAAAGACUUCCAGCUGCGUAUCCGUCAGCACUACUACGCCGCCGUGUCCUACGUGGACGCUCAGGUCGGGCGGCUGCUCGCUGCCCUGGACGAGCUGAGGCUGGCUGACAGCACCGUGGUGGUGUUCUGCUCUGACCACGGGUGGUCGUUAGGAGAACAUGGCGAAUGGGCUAAAUAUUCAAAUUUUGACGUCUCAACGCGUGUCCCCCUCAUUUUCUACGUUCCUUGGGUCACCACCUGGAGAAAUUGGCUGCAAAAUUCUACUUUUCCCUUUAUUGAUGUCCUCACCCAGCCAGAGCGCCGCUUUAAGAUCUCUCCUCCAGAGGACAAAGUUAUCAGAAACGUGGUGGAGCUGGUGAACGUUUUUCCGACACUCUCCUACCUGGCUGGCCUCAAAGCACCCAAACCUUGUCCUGACAUCUCCUUCCAGGAGGAGCUGUGUACGGAAGGAGAGAACAUGGCCUACACCUUCCGACACCAGGAACAAAGGCAGAACGAGGAAGCCAUCGCUUUUAGCCAGUACCCUCGACCCGCCGACACACCGCAGGUCAACUCUGACCUCCCCGACCUCAAAGACAUAAAGACCAUGGGCUACUCUCUGCGCUCCUGGGACUAUAGAUACACCCUGUGGCUGGGGUUCGACCCUACAACAUUUCGGGUGAACGUGUCGGAUGUCCAUGCUGGGGAGCUUUACAUGUUAGCGGACGACCCCGGCCAGGACAGGAACAUCUACAGUGACUUUGACCACAGUGGGAUGAUGGGAAAGAUGGCACGUCUGCCUGGGACUGCGAGUGUGCAGAGGAGAAUGAGGCUGCAGCUCCUCUACCUCUCAGCGGGGGGGGCAACGAGAAGAGGGAAGGCGUGAUGACGGGACUGAAACCACAACAGAUGGACAGAUGGAGACGAGUACAAAGGGAAGAUGGAUGGAUGGAUAAACUCUCCAGAAAGGGAGAACGCCUUGAAUAUUUUUUCUAAUAUAACACAUACUUGAUUUAGUAUUAUGUGGAAUCACUGUUAAUCUUUCAGGCUCAGUCCCUCAGGCUAAUGUUCCUUGUGAAGAACUCAUUGGCAGGCAGAUCUGGGCUCAUCAGAGUGGAAGUGAAAACGGAAGCGUUUAUGCCGGGAGUUUUUUUUUAUUAACAAAGGGAAAUGGAAAACUCUGAUUGGUUGAUCUCACUGCUGCUAAAAGCGAGGUCCAGUGCGUUUGUCCCCUUUUAACUCACUGUUUCAUACUUUGUUUUCAUACCGACUGAACAAAGGAUAUUUAACAUGUGCUUAAGGUGCUCAUGCUAAGCUAAUGUCAAGGACAGCUGGCUCAUUGUAGCGUAAAGAAAUCCAAUGGGCUAUUUUCAACUCUUCAACCCGUAACACUGACUCCUGCAGCUCACCGUGGAACCCUUUGUUCUGAUCAACUUUACCCAGAAGCAUGAACUCUGAUUGGCUUUAAUGGUGGCGCCUGCAAAGUAAUAUUGUUCUAUUGGUCCUCCAUCUCUCACAUGGAGUCUGUCGCUCCACUCCUGAACCGCUAAAAGGGGGCUCGCACACUUUAGCGCUGUCGUGUUGAAGAAUAUGACAUUUCUGUAUGCACUCGAUGUCACUCGCGGCUGUUUGCCUCCCUCCCUGUAAAGCAGUCGGUGUUGAAUAUGCGGACCCAGA